AUGAAGCUUUUUAACGUCAUUCUUGCCGCUGCCGCUGCUGACCACAGCUCUUCCUCGAGCUCCUCAAGCUCCAUCUACGAUAGCGAGUGUGGUGGAACAAUCACUGAGUCCCAAACCAUCACAUCCCCAGGUUUCGAUCGCGGCUACUACUACAACUACCUCGACUGCGUUUGGAACAUCGAGCUUGGCGACGUCCUAGGCUUCAACAUUGUCCCACUCUCCUUCUCACUCGAGAACAACUCUGUCUGCGCCUACGACUCCGUUGCUAAAGAAGGAGACAAAUAUACACCAGAUCGUCCCAAUCCUUCCAACGAGGGCUUCCCUACUCUUUUCAUCGAAGGCGGUUCUGCUGUAAUCGUGUUUUCUACUGACGGUUCGAUUGUGGGAGAAGGUUUUCAGUUCGAACUCACAGAACCAGAUCGACUCCAAAUCAUCGAAGGGCAUGCUCAGCGAAUUUUCGACUCUCUUACUGACGAAAAAUUCGCGCAACGCUACAUCAACCGAAUGAAUAUAACUUUCGCCAAAAUGCGCUCAGCUCAAACUGGCCAAGCUUGCUACGUCGAAAACGGAUUCGAGGAAGAAGCAGCUGAUGUCAGUGUUUUCGACAAAAGCGACGUCUGCACCCUCAAUGGUCAAGUCAACCCUGCCAUCAAUUCUUGGGCUAGAAACUAUGCUUGCAGUGGUCGAGGAAAAGUUUAUCGACAAAUCAUCAGAUCCGCGAGAAAAGUGAAAUCUUUCUUUAUCGAGAAAAACGGAUGUAUAUUCGUUUAA